GUUUCUCUGUGUUUUACAAAUCAAGUGAAAAAAAUGCAAGAAAUCAACCAUUCUAUUGGAUUCGACAAUGUCGUUGAUGUUGGGUCAUCGUUAUCACAGGUCAUAUUAUCAGGCGGCUCGACUACUUUAGAUCCAGUCUUCUCUCAUUGUCCACCACCGUCAACCGCCAUUAAGGAGCCAUUGGGCUCAUCGGUCUAUAUCCGGCAACGAGAUCUCCUUCAAAAAUUCUGCCAAGAAAACAGAGGAAGCCCUUCAAUUUCUCGAAAUUCCACGAAGGGUCUUCUUCUAGACUACAAAAAACCUCCAUUAACGACCAAUUACUUGAGCCCUCAAAAGAAGAAGCUGUACAGAGGGGUGAGACAGAGGCAAUGGGGAAAAUGGGUAGCCGAAAUCAGACUCCCGCAAAACAGAGUCCGUGUCUGGUUAGGCACUUACGACAACGCCGAAACCGCCGCUUAUGCUUACGAUCGCGCCGCGUAUAAGCUUCGAGGAGAAUACGCGAGGUUGAAUUUCCCGAACACGAAGGACUUGACUGAGUUGGGAUUUGCAGACUGUGCUAAGCUGAAGGCUUUAAAGAACACGGUGGACGCUAAGAUUCAAGUCAUUUGUCAAAAGGUGAAAAGAGAGAAGAAAACUAAGAAGAAAGCAGCGAAACAAGCUAGUGUUUCGGAGCCGUUGUCUAAUUCCUCGCCGCCUUUGUUUUUUAGCGACGAAUUAAGCAACGAAUCGGCGACGCCGAAAGUGUCGGAAGAUGGGUUUUGGAGAUGUAAGAAUUCGCCUUCUUCUGUUUUGAAUGAUUAUCCGACGAUGAUUACAGAGGAACCAGUGUUUGAAGAUUGUUCGCUUGCGAGAAUGCCGUCUUUUGAUGCUGAAUUGCUGUGGGAGAUUCUUGCUAAUUAGGAUGAUUAUUCUUUUUGUUUUUCACUUCUUAU